AUGGCAUCCGUGGAGAUGUCGCAAAAUGAGGUUUCACACAAGUUUCCCGUUAAUAAACUUAUUCGUGUUGGCUACUACGAAUUGGAGAAAACAAUUGGCAAAGGAAACUUUGCCGUUGUUAAAAUGGCUACCCACGUUGUAACGAAAUCAAAGGUGGCUAUUAAGAUUAUAGAUAAGACGAAACUAAAUGAAGAAAAUCUGGCAAAAAUUUUCCGUGAAGUUCAUAUAAUGAAGAAGUUACGACAUCCUCACAUUAUCAGACUCUACCAAGUAAUGGAGACAGAAAAAAUGAUUUAUUUAGUCACAGAAUAUGCACCUGGUGGGGAAAUAUUUGAUCACUUGGUUAGAAAUGGUAGAAUGGUGGAGCCAGAAGCGAGACGAGUGUUUCGUCAAAUAGUUUAUGCAGUACGUUAUCUCCACCAGAAAAGAGUGGUUCAUCGAGAUCUCAAGGCUGAGAAUUUACUACUUGAUGUAGACAAUAACAUAAAAAUAGCCGAUUUCGGAUUUAGUAAUGAGUACACACCUGGUGUGCCAUUAAGUACGUGGUGUGGAUCACCGCCGUAUGCCGCCCCUGAAAUCUUUGAAGGCAAACAUUACGAUGGACCUCGUGCUGAUGUUUGGAGCCUGGGAGUUGUCCUGUAUGUGUUAGUGUGUGGAGCCCUACCAUUUGAUGGUCCUACUAUGCAAUUAUUGAGAUCAGUGGUGAUCUCCGGCAAAUUUAGAAUACCAUUUUUCAUGUCAGCAGAAUGUGAGAAGUUGAUCAGACACAUGCUGGUAGUGGAGCCAGAGCGCCGUUUAAGUAUCUCACAGAUCUUAGUGCAUCCUUGGAUGGGUGGCGAUGUUGCAUCAGAAUCGGAAUCCGGCAGAGCCAGUCCCGAAAUUAUUAUACCACAAAUAAAUCAAGUAGUCAUUGAGAGCAUGCUUAGACUACCAGGUCUCAGUGCGGAUACACUGCUUCAAUCAGUACAAGGAAAUGCUUUUGACCAUGUGUCGGCAAUAUACAAUUUAUUAGCUGAUCGAUUAGAGACAGCUAUGACGAGUUUGCCAAGUAUACAGAGUAUACCAGGAGAUUACAUGCCUGAUGAUGGACAUCAGUUGGAAAAGUUUGGUGAGGCGGAAGCGGAAACUGACGAAAGGAGUGCACUCCAUUUGCCAGUUGGUAUGCCGUAUCAUGCAACGAGAAGACACACUGUUGGACCCGGAGAUACAUCCCAUCAACCACCUACAUCAUAUCCAUAUGCAUUCAAUUGUCCUCAGGGAUGUUCGCCCUUGCAUCUACUUCCUAUGUUGCACUGCAACGUAGAUCCUCAACUGUUACCACACACGAAUCUCCCACUGAAUCUUCCUUUAAUUCAAAAUCAGCCGCCACAGAACUUUCAAAUUAAGGAUCAACAUUUGUUAAAACCGCCCACUGUUAUGGGAGCCACGAGUAGUUUUGGAAGGAGAGCGUCAGAUGGAGGUGCGAAUCUUCAUGUAUUUUAUCAACAACAGUAUGGUGGCAGUUCUGGUAAUGGAGAAGAAAGUGGCUGGAGUCAACCUGGAAGUAGAGAACAUCUACAACCAGCUGGUAGUCCGACUGGGGUUCAGUGUCAAAAAACGUUAACCGUUGGAGUUGGUGUUAGCAGUACAGAAGGAAAUGGAGCAAGUAAUUCAAAUGCGACUAGUGGGAGUGAUCGAAGAAGACGUAGUGGCCUCACAGCAGUUAUGCAAAGACCAGUUAUAAACCCGGAACUCGUAAUGGAAGUUGAAGCUAGGAUGAAUAGAGCCUAUCUUCCAUCAAGGUUGCUGCCGUCUCAUCUUAGGGGACCUACACUUUCUCACCAUAGGAAAACCUCCUUGUAUCCUGCCACUGUAGGUAGUCGUGACUCCUAUAAAGAACCAACUGCACACGUUGCUGCGGAAAGAUAUUCUCCCGUUCGCCGCGCUUCAGAAGGAUCAGGGCCACCAGGACCUGGAAUUCAAGCACUUCAGCAAGAGUAUCAGCAAUUGCAGAGGCUAGCUUCUCCUUCGCAUAGUCCUGUUAGCAUUCCUGGAUCUCCCGUCCACGAGAGAGGCGUAGCUGCAAUUACGCAAGGACUGAGUGGUUUAACGACAACGUCGGUACAGGGCAGUAUUGUCCAUGGUACACCAGCCCAACCACCGUCAACGCCUUUAGACCUCAGUCCUCUUAGACACCAUAGAUCUCCAGCUACAACGCCUGUUAGUUACUCGCCUAGUAAUAGUCCAGCACUAGAUAUGAUUCAAGAGGAACAUCCUGUAGACGUAUCAAGGGUACCACCUCAAAUAUCGGUGACCGAUGUUCUAGGUGGACAAGUAGUGUUAGUGGGUUGCUGCUCGCCUUCACCAUCUCCGUCGCCUGAUUCUUUGGAAGAUAUACUACCACAUUACAGUGCUCUUCCUAGAUUCAUUAUAUCAGAACCUUGCGAUCCCUCGCUACCCAGUAUCACUCGAGGCAUCGGUAGGCCACUCAGCACACCAAUACCUGCAGAAGUCGAAGUCACUUUGUCUGACGAGUCGAGCAGAUUGAACUCGGAGACGAUAUUAGGUCGAGUGAAACAAAUCAUAGACGCUAGAGCACCACCGAAAGGUUUUAUUUUCUCGCGGGAGGAAGUGGAAGGAGGUGGGCUCAGUUUAGAAUAUCCUGGUGGUGUACAAAUUGAAUUAAGAGUAUGCGAAUCGGAGGAGAGAGAAGUGAAGGGUAUAAAAAUGCGAAGAAUCAGCGGAGACCAAGUUCAAUAUAGCCAGCUGUGUCAGCAGUUGAUAUCUUGCAUUACCGUUUGACGACGACCAGCAUUAUCAUACCUUAAUCUUCGUUUUUAUAUUUUAUUUUACUGCAUUACAUUCCUGGUGCCGCACACCACCCAUCACAGUAUUGCAUAGCAUGCUGCAAGGUACUGUCAAGUACCUUUUUUUAUAUUAAUUAUUCUUAUACGCGCCAAAAUUUAACCAGUUUCAAAAUUAUAGCACACUUUGAUGAUUCGAGAGAAAAAAAUAAGCUAAAAUGUUACAGGUUUUUAAUUGUAUGCUUGUUAAUUAUAUUUAAUGAUUUUUAAUUUUGUGUGUACAACUUGUAGACUCGCCCGCACUGAGGUAUGAAAGCUUUCCCUGAAAAAAAAGCAUAUUACGCAAACUGUUCGAGUAGCAAUGGGAUAGAGCAAAGUGUGAAUUUUAGUCAGACAAUUGUUCUUUAGAUUUUUUAAGUUCAUAUAUGAUUUAUAUGACUUGAUUUGACGAAGCAUUUAUUUAUGUUUUAACAAAAUAUUUUACAUACUGCCUGCCGUUGAGAUGGUUGCUACUUUUGUGUCUACGUUCGUUCAGUGAUAAAUUCUCAAGUCAAUGGAACAUUUUAUAAAUCGUGACAUAUCUUAGUCAUGCAUUAAUUGAUUUUUAAACUCUUUUUAAUGGGAUGUUUGAUGCACUUUUAAGAUUUUAUUUAUUUUUUAAUUACACUUUUUUUUCUAAAACUGUUAUUUUAUUUUUAUUAAAAAAUUAUUUGUUUUUAGAGUGUCUAUCAGGGUGGUCGCUGGACCGGGAAAUGUCUAGGAAUUUUUUUGACGGUGAAAAAUCGGGAGAUGACAUUGUAUUUAUUCUUUGACGGGGAAUUUCCCAAACUAUUAGAAGAAAAAUCUAUCCAAUCACUUGAAAUAUCACUAAUUUCAUAUCACAUUAUUAUAUCAUGCAAUUUAAAGUAAUCUUUCAACCUUUCCUCUUU